CGAUGAACCCAGAAUUCUAGAAGGGAAACGGGUUGUGGGCUAUUAUUGGUGACUGCUAUGAGCUAUCAUGUCAGCGCUGUGCGGCUAUUAGCUCCGUUUCCCGGACCUCCCGCUUUGGAUGACAGUCGACUAGGGGACUGCACUGGAGGACCGCCUUGAUAAACGAUUUCCGAGUCCGACUCGCACUAUACUGCUAUUGUUGGAGGGCAGUGGAUAAUGGGUAUAAGAAGGGGCUCCAUUAAGUAAGUUCAUGCUCCAACGCCGAACGCCCCCCACACGUACGCCUUUAUAAAUUGUCUCCCUGACUUCGAACCUCCGGUCUCAUCCACAAAUUUUUACUCAAUCCACGUGACGACCAUGGGUAGCAGUGCAUCUUCAUGCUCAAGACGGUCAUCAAGGAGGACACCCUAUCAUGGUGACAUUGAUAGUGAUGUCGCGAAGGGAACGUACCAAGAACCCCUUCAGCGAGUUGUAGCCCCAGGGGAUGUACCACCCCCCUACUCUGCGAGCGAAGCAUUGAAUGCAGCUGGCACGUUGCCUCACUCGCCGGCCGCACCUUCGUCUACUUCAUCUAUGUUUGGGGAACUACCCCCCGGGUCCCAUCACACGCGUCUCUCAAUGGUCCCUCCAUCUCCCGUUUCCAGCGCCUCUCGCAGUCGGCGUAGAGAUAGAAGUCCGAGUAACCUUGCGAAACCAUUACGUCAGGAGUCUAGGGAAAAUGCCCUCGAGACGCUACGAAAAUAUGACACGGUUCUUAUUGUGGACGACUCAGGAUCCAUGCGGGGUGCUCUGUGGGAAGAGGCUGGAUUGGCUAGCAUUGCCGCAGACUACGAUAGCAAUGGCCUCGAUAUUCACUUUUUGAACUACACUGAGUCAGCACUGGGCAUUAAGGACGCCUACCGGCCAGAAGGGUACACACCUAUCGGUGAACGGCUCGAGGGUCUGCUGUCGGAUUACCUGCGGGACCUGGAAAAAGCCCAACGCCGGUACGAGAAGGGAGAUUCUUCUGCGUUGAAGCAGAUUAAACCCGUGAAUUUCAUCGUCAUUACCGACGGCUGUCCGACGGAUGAUCCGGCAAGCGUUAUCAUUGCCGCGGCUCGCCGUCUGGACGCAAAGCACUUCCCGCUUACUCAAGUUGGUAUACAAUUCGUUCAAAUUGGCAAUUCAAGAAAGGCAACAGCAUAUCUGAGAGAACUUGACGAUACCUUAAGUGGUCAUUACAACAUCAGAGACAUUGUAGACACCACUCCGUAUAUGAAUACGAAAUUAACGUCUGACAUGCUGAUCAAGAUACUACUGGGAGGUAUCAACCGGCGGGUCGAUCAUCGUGGUGCUGAAGCUGUAAUGGGUUUGUGAAGGAAACAAAUUGACGUUGUUGGAUUUUUGUACCUAUAUGCUGCAUCGUAGAAGGUUGCUCGCGGCGUACCAACUAUAGUUCCAUACUCGAGAAUACGCUAGGCAUGUCCAUGUUUCUGAUAUGUAGUUUUAUGAUAUCGACUGAGCAUCGGUCCUCCUUUAAUCAUCGCUACAGUACAUCAACACUCCGCGGGGAGGAUUUAAUUACGAACUGCACGUACACCCGAGCGAUACACAAUAGAACGUUUGAAAUCCAUCAUGUCUUCGCAAGCUGAAAAGAAUUGACUAGUGAUCUCACCGGCAAACGGUCACCCAACAAACAUUUCAAAGACGGACGCAGCCCCUGGUCGACAACUUGG